AUGACAAGUGAUGAAACGCGAGCACAGUACUGGCGGUCUCGCCUUGCCAUGGCACUGCCAACGGUGCUGGCUUGCACAAUAGUAGGAAGCAUCACCUUGUAUGGGCCGACCAGAAUACGGCAGCAGCUAUCAUUUUCAUCUUUCUCCUACGCGAUGGCUAUCCUCAUCGUGACGGAUGCCACGUUGGGGGAUGCCAUGCGUGGGUGCUGGUAUGCCAUCUGCGCGACUGUUCAGGGAGCCCUACUGGCACUACUCGGUUUGUGGGUCAUUGGACCGGCCCGUCUCACUGCCAGCACCACCGCUGUUGCGGUGGGGGUCAGUGCAUUCGUGGUAGCAUUGCCGAAGUCGACACACUUGGUGUGCAAGCGGAUAGCGCUGUGUCAGAUUGUGAUCGUGUACGUCGCGGCGUUCAAUGAGGGCGCGGACACCGAUAUUGUCAUGCAACCCCUCCAUGUCGCAGCGAGCACGGCUGUUGGGGCCAUGGCAUCGGUCCUGGCCUUGUUGUUCCCAUAUCCUCGGCUAGCAUGUUACAAGGUAAAGAAGAAGUGUUCUCUGUUUGCUGAGAAUGCCUCAAAGAGGCUAAGCCUUCUUGUGCUUGCUCUAUGCUCCCAAGACGAGACUUCUGCACUUGCAUCUCUCUCCCAAGCCCAAUCAUUGUCUAAGACAGGAGCUAAACUCCUCCAGAGCAUCAAACUCAACCAAAAAAGCGUGCAGUGGGAGGCAUCCCGAAACAGAUUCUUACAACAUCAUAAUCACAACUCUGGAGAAAGACUACAAUCCUUAGAGAUACCAUUGAGAGGAAUGGAAAUUGCAAUAACUUCUUGCGGUUCAUUCCCUGUUAGCCUAGUUGAUUCAGAGCUCAAAAGCCUCCUCCAGGGACUAGAAGAGCACACAAACAUGGCACUAAGGCAUGCUAAGUGCUCUCUGCCUAGUGAAGAUUCAUCAACCGUGCCUGAGACAAACAGAGAAGAAGUUGGUAAGUCCCUUCAUACCCUUAAAACAUUCUUCCCAACCUAUGAGGACCUACCAUCUUUCUUCUUCCUCUUUUGCAUGAGAGUCCUUUACGAUGAAUCAGUAACAACCCAAUUCAAAAAUCCAGUGACCAACACCAAAGAACAGGCUAACUCACAUAAACAAGAUUGUUUCUCCAGAUUAUUAAGGUUAUUGAGAGGCUUGCCUGUGAAAAUAAGUAGCGAAAGACUCAUGUUUGCACUCAAGUGUUCACUUUCUCUGGGCCUGGCGGUGCUCUUCGGGUUGACCUUUAAUAAGGAGAACAGUUCUUGGUCAGGGCUCACAGUUGGACUUGGAAUUGCAUCAGCAGGAGAGGCAACCUUCAAGGUUGCAAACCUUAGGGUUCAAGGGACAGUUUUAGGGUCCAUCUAUGGAGUCUUGGGUUGCUUUCUCUUACAAAGGUUCAUGGCUAUCAGAUUUUUAUCUCUUCUUCCCUGGAUCAUUUUCACCAGCUUUCUAAUGCACAGCCAGAUGUAUGGCCAGGUUGGUGGUUUAUCAGCUGUCAUUGCCGCAUUACUAAUCCUGGGUCGGAAGAAUUAUGGUACCCCUAGUGAAUUUGCCUUUGCAAGGAUCAUGGAGACCUUCAUUGGGUUAUUUUGUUAUGUCCUGGUAGAAGUACUCUUGCAACCCACAAGAGCAGCAACCUUGGCUAAAUUUCAACUCUCCCAGAGUAUAGGAACCCUAUACGAGUGCAUUGAAUCAAUAAGCUUCCCUGCCAGCCAUGAAAGCAACUCAAUCUUUGAAUUGAAAGAGAAGCAAGAAAAGCUAAGGAUUCAAUUCAGUGAACUUGAAAAGUUUAUUGCAGAAGCUGAAGCAGAGCCCAACUUCUGGUUCUUGCCAUUCCAUGGUACUUGUUAUAGUAAGUUGUUGGGGUCCUUGUCAAAGAUGAUGGAGUUGUUGAUUUUGGGGGCUCGUGCAAUUGACCUCCUUCUAAGUGAAUCCAAUAGAUUUGAGGUUUCAUGGAACGGUCUCUUAGAACAAUUGGAUGGAGACAGAGAACUUUUCAAGAAAAUGGUUUGCUCUUCAAUUGACUGUUGCAAAGAGAUAAUAUCAAUGAAGUCCUUGGCAACACUAGAGAAAGAGCUAAGAACGAAAAACAUCUCGUGCGACAUUGAGUUGGGAAAAUCACCAGACGUGCUAUUGAGCACAAAUGAUGAUGCAAUGGAGAUCCUCAGGUCUUUCCUUCAAAAUUCUAAAGACGUCACGGAUAAAAUCCAUGCUGUAAAAGGUGAUCAGAAGGAGCUUAAGGCCCUAGUGGUACUUUGUUUGAGUGCUCUAGGCUUCUGCAUGGGAGGGUUGAUGAAAGAGACAAGGGAGAUUGUUAUGGGGGUCAAAGAACUUGUUCAAUGGGAGAAUCCAUCAAGCCAUAUAAAUUUGUAUGAAAUUUACUGUAAGAUACAGAGUACACGUAAAGUCUUGUAAAACAGCAAUUAGGUGAUGAUAGAAAGCUUUUAGUGAA